GUUAGGCUGUCCUGCAACUUGACAGUGAGAGCUGGGUCAAGGAAGGAAAUAGACCCGUGGAAAUACUUGAAUCAUUAUUUCCAGACAGGCUCCGGAUUUAAAAGCAUUCAUUAACGAACAUCACGUCAGAAUGAAUCUAUUCGGAAAAGAUGCAGAGACGCCUGAGACCUGAAGAUCCGAGGAGGACAUGAUCCCUGAGCCCUCAGCAGCAUCCAGGUCCUCGGAGCAGACUAAGAACUCUCAGGAUGGGGCAAAGUCGUCUGCAGCUGUAAAUCAGUCAGAGGAUGAUUCGGGGAAUGAGAACAGACAAAAGAGUGUGAGACGAAGGAAAAGGGCGCACAAGGCCUCCGAGAAUGUCAAGAGCAAACGGGCCAAAGCCAGCGGCAGCAGCGUGCGGCGAGCAGGAGGCGGCCACGGCAAACAGAAGCACGUGGAGGCCGUCACCCUGUUUGAGGUGAUCACCAUGGGGAAGAGCGCCAUGCAGUCGGUGAUCGACGACUGGAUCGAAGCGUAUUUGACCGACAGAGACACGUCUCUGCUCGACCUCAUCGGCUUCUUCAUCCAGUGCUGCGGCUGCAAAGGUGUGGUCACAGCAGAGAUGUGUCAGAGCAAAGAGGACGGUGACGUGAUGAGUAAGAUGGUGGAGGAGCUGGACGAGGUCACUGGUCUGCAGUAUAAGAAGCUUUUGGCUUUUCCGUGGAUCCUCACAGUGACGUGGCCAAUGGACACAGACAGUGCAGAGUACCCCCUGGUGCAGUCUGGCCCGUACGGCCGCUGGUUCCACUCCGAGUUCUGCGACUUCGUGUCGGUGCUGGUGGCUCAGUGCCAGCACAGCGUCGUCUUCGACGGCUACCUGAUGAACGCCCUCAUCUCGCUGCUCGCCGAGCUGUCGGACUCGUACGUCCGUGCGUUCAGACACACCUGCACGCUGGCGGCGGUGAAGCUGCUGAGCUCUCUGGUGAACGUGGCCCUCAGCCUCAGCGUUGGGAUCGAAAACAGCCAGAAACUGUACGGGGUGCAAAAGACAAAAUCGGUGAGGCAGAAAAGCACUCAGCAGCUGGAGAGAAUACAGAAGAAGAUCACAGAGCUGGAGGAGAAGCGAGCGGAGGUGGAGAGCAUGAUGGACAUCAUCUUCAAAGGAGUUUUCCUCAAGAGAUAUCGCGACAUUCUGCCGGAGAUCCGCUCCAUCUGCAUGGAGGAGCUGGGUUUGUGGAUGAAGCUCUACAGCUCCGCGUUUCUCAACGAUAGUUACCUCAAAUACAUGGGCUGGAUGAUGCACGACAAGAUACCGGACGUGCGUCUCAAGUGCGUGUUAAGUCUACAGGAACUGUACGAUGAUCCUCUCCUUCUGCCUAAACUUGACCUGUUCAUCAGCCGCUUCAAGGACCGGAUGAUCUCCAUGACGCUGGAUAAGGACAACGAAGUGGCUGUGCAGACCAUGAAGCUACUGGUGCUCAUCUCCAAAUCGUGUGACGAUGCGUUCGAUCCAGAAGACUACAAGCAGCUCCUGCGGUUUGUUUACUCCUCACAGCGCCCCCUAGCGGCCACAGCGGGGGAGCUGCUCUACUGGAGGCUUCUCAAGGCCGAAGCUCCUGCAGCUCAUACUCAGGAUGACAUGAAUGAAGAGGAGGAACAUAAACGACAAACAUCUGCCAGACUGAAGGCUCUGCUGCAGUUCUACCAGGAGUCUGAGCUGCACGAACACGUGGUGUACCUGGUGGACAGUCUGUGGGACUGUGGUGGAGCUCUGCUGAAGGACUGGCCCACGCUCACGUCGACACUGCUGCAAGAGCCUCCUUCACUCAGUCCAGGUUUCACUCAGGUGGAGGAAGCGGUGCUGGUGGAGAUCCUGGCGGCGUCGGUGCGUCAGGCCUCGGAGGGACCGGCGCUGGCGGGAAGGAGCGGAGCUAAGAAGGUAAUGAACGCCAGAGAAAAGAAAAUUCAGACUGACGACUGUUUGAAGCUCACCGAGCAUUUCCUCGCGGUGCUUCCCAAGUUACUAUCCAAGUUCUCAAGUAGCGGUGAUAUCGUCGCCUCCCUGAUGAGGAUCCCUCAGUUCUUCCUCCCCGAGUGUCCAGAGGCCGAGAACACACAGGCGGUGUCCAGCCUGAUGGCCGAGAUGGGAGCAGCGUUGGACGUCCACUCGAGCCCCGCCGUCCUGGAGGCGGCGUCCCGCACGUACCUCAGCCUGUGUGGGGACGGCGCCGCCUGGACAUCCGCCGCCCGAGCUGCUAGAGACGCUCUGGUCCAGAGCUGGGUGGACAGACUCACCGCUCUGCUGGGGGAGUCCCUCAAGGGUGACAGUUUCUCUGCUGACGACGACAGAAUAAAAGAAAUUUUAGCUCCACUCAGGAAACUCAGAGCUUUCCACAACUGCCACGACCUCAGUCAGUGGAACCUGUUCGAUCUGCUGUCUCCUGUCCUGUCGGAGGAGAUCAACCAGGCAGGACCACCACCACCAGAGGUGCUGCUAGAGGUGCUGCAGUGUUUGUCCUACUUCAUGCUCUGGUCUCUCAACACCAGCGGUGAAACUCUAACCUGCAGAGAGAAAGCCGUAUCCCAGAGGCUCCAGCUGCGUCUCUUCUGCGACAGAAGUCAUCGCUGUCUUUCCCACGGCGACGACGGCGUGAGGCAGCAGGCUUUCCUUGGCGUGUGCGACGUCCUGACGGCUCAUUCCUACCAGCUGCACCUGUGGGAUCCCACCUCCUUCGGCCCGCUGCUCUACACCCCCAGCCCCAAACUGCAGAGGGCGCUGCUGACCUUCGUAUGCAGCCACGUCUUCGUCGGCUCCGACUCUGACGGACAGAACAGGGCCGGCGAAAGCCCUGGAGGCGAGAGGCUGGAGGACCUUCACAAAAGAAGGAAUCUGCUGGCGGCCUUCUGCAAGCUGAUAGUUCACGGAGUGCUGGAGAUGAGCAUGGCGGCGGAGGUCUUCAUGUACUACAUGAAGUACUACAAUGACUUCGGAGACAUCAUCAAGGAGACGAUGUACAGGACCAGGCAGAUAGACAAGAUAGAGAGCGCUCGCACACUGGUGCUGUGUUUGCAGCAGCUGUUUGUGCGACUGAAGCGGGAGCAGGAGAGCGGCGGCAGGGCUCAGCCGGGAGUCCAGACCUUCACCAGCAUCAAGGAGCUGGCCAGGCGCUUCGCCCUCACCCUGGGGGACCUCGUCAAGUUUCGCGAGUGCGUCGUCAUGAUCCACAGAAACGGCAUAGAGUUUGUGUUCCAAGAGUUCAGUCAGAGCCCGGAGUCGGCCACACCUCCGUACCUCUCCUACCUGACGAUCCUCAGCGAGUUCUCCAGCAAACUCCUCAAACCAGACAAGAAGUUGGUGUUCUCCUACCUGCAGAAGCACACCGCCGAGCACAUCAUUGACCUCAGGGAGGAGUGCUGGCAGCCGCUUAUCUACUACCGCGCGUCUUUAUUGGCCGUGGCUGAGGGCGAGGACGCUGUGUCGUACGUGAGCUCCGACAGGAAGCCCUGCCUGCACAGCCGCUCUCCUUUCAAACAAAAACUGGAAGGGAGCAAGUCUCCCGGGCCGUUCAGCUCCGCCGAUCCCAAAGCUGGUAAAGUUCACAGAGCUAGCUUCAGUUCGAGCCAUCAGGAGAGGACGGCUGACACGGAUCCAUCGUCUGUCCCUCUGUCGGAGCCUCCCGCAAAGAGGCUGAACGCCGAGGGGUCCGUCCUCAGCGCUGGCAACGAGCCGGAGGACGACGACACCGUGGAGGUCGAACUGUGAAGUGCGGCCGAGAGCAAUUCUGUCCGGACCUCAUCACAUCCCAGAGAUGAUUCCAUCGCUUUUGGUUUAUUUUUGCACCUUGCAACCAAACUUGAGCUUUGUUGAGCGUGCAGCAUGUCAUGUUUUCAGGAGCAGAUCUCCCCAGCUUCAGAUAUUCUGUCAUGCAAAAGCCAAAACCAGCUAUGAAUUAUGAACAUGUCUGACAUACACCGAUCAGGCGUAACAUUAUGACCACCUUAAAACCACCACGAGGAAAUCAUGAAUCAGUUUAAAAUCUUAAAAUUGUUGAAAUUAUUCUAAUGUAAAUUGUUAAUGUUCUCAUAUUCUUGCUGUUUAUUGUCUCUCUUGAGCCACUAGAAGAUGUUUUGUUUUUUUUUAAUCUAUAAGAGUAAGUACAGAAUUAUAAAAAGCAGCUCUGGUGCAAUAUUUUCAAAACCGAUCCGGCAUAACAUUAUGACCAAAUAGUCAUAAAUAGGUUUCCCCUUGUGCCUCCAAAACAGUUGUGACUUAUCAGAGAAUGGACACGGGCCUUCUGAGGGCGUCCUGUGGUGUCUGGAAACAGGAUGUUGUUGUUAGUGGGGGACUUUGGGUCCUAUGGGUCGAGGGGAGGGGAUCAUCCUACAGACACUUGAUUAGUUAGGGGUCUGUUGGGGAGUUGCUCCUGAACCGUUUUUGUGCGUGUCUGUGUCAGACUGCAGAAUGGGGUGCCUCGUCUGGUCUUAGGUGGGUGCUAAAUGUCUAAGUAACAUACAGAAAUGAAUGUCGGGUCCAAACGUUUCCCAGCAGAACACUGAAUUAUCACAACAUGGUUUAAAUGUUAUUUACGUCUCCUGUCAGUGGUCAUAAUGUUGUGGCUGAUCCGUGUGUCUUAUCUUACAUAGAUGCAUUAAUGGGUCCUGGUCCUGUGCUACUGCAGUGUGUACAGUAUUUCUUUCUCUUUUUCUUUUUUUUUUUUAGCCUGCUGCCAAAAAUACCUGUAAUAUAUAAAUGAUACAAAUGCGCAGCUAAUGCACUGUUUACCCACUUUAUAGAGACUUUUGCUAAAAGCUACAGAUGUUUAUCUAAAUUAAUUUAAUAUUUUAAGCAGACUGAUGUUUGUUAAUGGAUUUUUGUCAAAGUCAGCCGGGUUUAGUCUUCUCAUGGAAUUUGUUAAAAAUAAGAAAAUAUUAACCAACACCAGUCAUCUUCUUCUUCUGUGGCAUUAUUAUGGUCAUUAUUCUCAUACCACUUUAAUUUGAGGAUUAUUUAUGUAUUUUUUUUUUUGCACACUGUAAAAUCUACUUGAAUGUUACAGGUGACACUACAUAUUUAUCUUUUAAUCAAUCAGGUCCAGGUGUAAUUUAAUAAUCAUGACAGGUGCUUUAGUUUCCCUACUUGCCACUUUAUUGUAUUUCAUGUAAAUAAAAUAAAAACAUAUCCAAGCACUCCUGUAAAUGUC